CACACACACACACACACGCACACACAUACACACACAUACACACACAUCAGCUCAACGGCGAGUAUGGAAAACGUGAUAAAUUAAAGCACUUUUAAGUGUUUUAUUUUUUAUGUGACAGAAGCCGUAAGCUUGUGGAAGGUGUUUUUGCCUUAGCCCUCGAUCCUGUUGAUCUAAUACAGCAAACAUAAUACAUGUGCGGGCUAUACUCUAAACAGCACUGUUAAUGCCCGACAGGCCUGGUUAUACACGUCAAAUUUUUAUUACUUGGAGACAAAGGCGCCGAUCCGAAGUACCCGUACCAGAGAGGUCAAAUCACGAUAUAUUAUACAGGCCUGCGGUGAACAGCGCAAUACACACGUUUGAUAUGACUGGUAAGUGGGACGCCCGACGCACAGGAACACUCCGUUGCCCCAUUCAGCUCGUUCCAUGCCCUCAACGGAAGUUGACAGUUGACAUUCGUUGCUCGGCAUAGUGUAUGCGUAUAAUAUGACUGCUGUGUGCUUCGAGACAUCGUGACCAGGCGCUUGUUGUGUUUAAAUAACGUUGUGCUGUUUUUUCCCCCAUGAUGUAGAAUUGGUUUUUGUUUAUUCUUCUUAAAGUUGGUACAAUCAUGCCUUCCAGCAGUAGGGGAUCGAUAGGAUACUCUCCUCUGCCUCCUAUUAAAGAAGGAUCGAAAAAAAUUCGACCAAGCUCGGCGGCGGCGAAUAUUCAGACACACCCAAGCUAUACGACUGGACUUUUCGACAAUGUUGUGCGUCCAUCAACUGCCUCGACACAAUUACACGGUGCCCAUAGUGCUAUGGGGCUCCGGCCACACACUCAGGCAGGUGGUCCGAGAAGUAAAUGGCAGUCAAGAACAACGGAAAGCAAGCAAGAAGAAGCCAUUGUAAAACACCCCCGGCGUUUGACGCUUGGAACAGUUGAUGGCAUUGCGGAUUUGGAUAGUAUAAUAAGGCCUGGGCAGAUUCAGAGUUCGAUUGCCCAUCAGCUGAAGAGCAAGGUAUGCUCAUUUUCUUUUUCUUAUCAAUAGAAUAUGAGUGUGUACGUAGCUUCUCUGGUUGUAUUUCAACCUGUAAUAAAGGACCGACCGACAAUAUGUUAGGGAAUGAGAAUGUUUGUACAUUGUACGUUUCCAACCGCGACGUUCUCUCGCAAGUGGUCCGUAAUUACGAGAAGAGGGUGGAAGAUAGGUUGCGUGAUAGUAUGUAUCGCACUUGAAGGGAGGGGUGUGAAUUAUUUACAAGGAGGGGAUCCCCAGAUUAGCCCUUAGCAGGAUGAGUGUCUUCUUUCUCUGUGUGAGAGGGCUCGAUGAGGGACCAUUGUUGACACGCGAAUGACCUCGUUUCGUAUGCAAAAUGGCGGAUUGUUGUAGCAACGAGGACACUUCCGCUACUAAAUAUAGCUGAGCACAUGGCUAAAUUGGGUCCAGGGGACUGUAAUCCGUUGAACGAACCCGAGUUGAGACUGCGAGAGUGCGAGCCAGUGCAGUAACCUUGCGCUCCCAUUGUUGUUUUGUGGAAGCAACUUGAGAGUCAGCUGUCUGUACUAUCAGUUGUUUUUGGUUUUGUUUUGUUUUUGCCAUAGAUUCAAUAUCAAUAGAUUCGAGAUUCAAGUCGACCAGAAAUUGAAAAGUGAAAGAAGGCCAGUGUGUUUUGUACAUGACUUGGUCUCCACUUUUGACUGUAAUAUAAUUGUGUUAUCAGCAGCAUCUGAAGAUAAACUGACCCCGUCUCCAUGAGAUGUGUUUGAAUUGAAGUGUUAGAAAACAGUUCUGUUAGUUGUGCAUUGUGAUACAAUGGCGACAGCGAUUAGGGAAUCAGGCUUUGCCACCUUAGACAGGUCUGAGGUUGUAUGGAAUUUAGACAUGCUGCAAGAAUCGCUGGUUGGUCAAUUAGAAUUAGAUGACACGGACCAGAAGAAGGAAAAUCAGAUCGACCCUCUUCAGGAAGAUAAGAACUUCGAGCGUAUUCUUUCCGAAAUUGAUAUUUCCGGGAGAAAGAAAAAGAAGAAACACCGACAGAAAUCCCCGGGCUCCAAAGACAACCGAAAAUUUAUGUUUAUCGAUUAUACCAAUGCAAAAGUCGUGCAAUGUGGAAGCGACUGUUUCCCCGAUUUAUAUUCACAACUUGUUCGCGUGGACGGUAAAAGCCCUGUAACUGAUAGCACGGGGCCCGAGUCACAGAAGGACCCUACCAGUGUUGUUGCAAUUGCAACAGAAAGUGAGAAGACAGACGAUAAUACUGCUGCUAUUGCCCCUGAAUCAGCGAGGUCACGAGAUACUGCCAGAGAUAGUAGCGAUGGCGGAGGCAAAUCGCGGUCCAAGUCUCGGGGAAGUUCGAGGGAAGGAAGCAGCAAAAGCCGACGGAGACGACGGAGGAAGAAAACGGAUGGGCCUGAGAGUGUGGAACCCGCAGCCUACAGGCGUCCCUGCCACUGUAAGCAUGACUUUGCCGUCACAGUUCCCAUGGUGGACAAGGAGACGAUGACGGACAUCUUCGGGAACACGCACCUCAAGAGCUGGGGGUUUUAG